AUUCUUUGGAGUCCAGAGCUCAGGCAAACCGGUGAGACCCACCUCCGAGAUGCAUCGGCUGCAGGUAGUGCUGGGCCACUUGGCUGGCCGGCCCGAGUCCAGUUCCGCUCUACAAGCCGCUCCCUGCGCCGCUGGCUUCCCGCAGGCCUCGGCCUCCGACGUGGUGGUGGUGCAUGGACGGCGCACCCCCAUCGGCCGCGCGGGCCGCGGCGGCUUCAAGGACACCACCCCGGAUGAGCUUCUGUCGGCCGUGUUGACCGCGGUUCUCCAGGACGUGGACCUCAGGCCUGAGCAGCUGGGAGACAUCUCCGUGGGCAAUGUGCUUCAGCCAGGGGCCGGAGCCGUCGUGGCACGCGUGGCCCAGUUCCUGAGUGGCAUUCCAGAGACGGUACCAUUGUCUACGGUCAACAGACAGUGCUCGUCGGGGCUGCAGGCAGUGGCCAACAUCGCUGGUGGCAUCAGAAAUGGGUCUUAUGACAUUGGCAUGGCCUGUGGGGUGGAGUCCAUGACCCUGUCCCAGAGAGGGAACUCUGGGAAUAUUUCUUUGCGUCUGCUGGAGAACGAAAAGGCCAGAGACUGUCUGAUUCCUAUGGGGAUAACCUCGGAGAACGUGGCUGAGCGGUUUGGCAUUUCACGGCAGAAGCAGGAUGCCUUCGCGCUGGCAUCCCAGCAGAAGGCAGCGAGAGCCCAGAGCCGGGGAAGUUUCCGUGCUGAGAUCGUGCCCGUGACAACCACCGUCCUUGACGACCAGGGCAACAAGAAAACCAUCACCGUGACCCAGGAUGAGGGUGUCCGUCCCAGCACCUCCAUGGAGGGCCUGGCUAAGCUGAAGCCUGCCUUCAAGGAUGGAGGCUCUACCACGGCUGGGAACUCCAGUCAGGUAAGCGAUGGAGCAGCUGCCGUCCUGCUGGCCCGGAGGUCCAAAGCUGAAGAAUUGGGCCUCCCCAUCCUUGGGAUUCUGAGGUCCUAUGCCGUGGUCGGUGUCCCCCCUGACAUCAUGGGCAUCGGACCUGCCUAUGCCAUCCCUGCGGCCUUGCAGAAAGCAGGACUGACUGUGAACGACAUAGAUGUCUUUGAGAUCAAUGAGGCCUUUGCCAGCCAGGCCCUCUACUGUGUGGAGAAGCUGGGGAUUCCCGCCGAGAAGGUGAACCCCCUGGGGGGUGCGAUAGCCCUGGGCCACCCCCUGGGCUGCACUGGAGCAAGGCAGGUUGUCACACUUCUCAAUGAGCUGAAGCGCCGUGGGAAACGGGCUUAUGGAGUGGUAUCCAUGUGCAUCGGGACUGGGAUGGGAGCCGCUGCUGUCUUUGAGUACCCUGGGAACUGAAGCCCUGGCUGCGGGCACUACCCAGAGAGUCCUACCGUGGUGACCAGAGGGACGCUACAGAAGCCACCUGCGUGGGACACUCGGCACUGGAGGGGCGGAUCGUGGCAUUUUAACUCAGAAGAUGUAAUACAAUACAGGGACAAGUGAGCGCUGGGCCGUCCAACCCAGUCCUCUCAACUGAACCAAAGUCAAUGCAGGUCACUCUUGACCAUGGGACCAUAUGUAUUUCUGUAGGACAGUGGCCUCAUGAAUGACGGGCAUAACAGACAUAGUAAAUGUGUGUUCUCUGACUUGGGUAGCAGUCAUUUCCCCCAGACUUUGCUUUAUUGGACUCUGUGGACCAUCACUGUAGAGACUGUCAUAGGCUCUCUGGUGGUGGCCUGUGCUUGUUAGCCCUGAGACCUGUCGU